GAGAGCAACAUGUUGGUAUACGAGAGUCAACUCCUCACUGAAAUGGAGGUUCUGACGAACAUCAGGAAAAUGACUUCUGAGGAGAGAAGGAAACAUUUCAGAGAAGAAAUGUACAGAGAGCUGAGGGAGCUGGAGGAGGAGAGAAGAGCAAGAGUUGCUCUGGAAGAGCUGGAGAGACGCAGGAGAGAAAAAGAGAAAGAAACUGAGAGAGUGAACAGUCUGAGAGAACAAGUUGAGGAGAGGAAGAGGAGGCAAAAGAGGAGGAGGAGAAAUGUGUUGAUGGCAGAGGAGCCCAUCACGAGACCCAGAUUCACACUGAGCGAUCUGAAGGAGGUGCAGCAGAGGAGGCGCGAGGAGGCCGAGGCAGCUCAACGCAGCUUAAAGAGCCCGACCUCUGAGGUGAGGAGUCAGGAGCAGAGUGGAAGAAAACCUCUGAUCAACAACUGGGUUGGAGAGCAGACUCCUGAAGAGGAGCUCCACCCAACCGACUCCACCCACCACCGCCCCGCCGCUAAAGGAACACGCCUCAAGUCUGAAAAAGCAGCGAGGCUGAUGUCGUCCAGGGCCCUGCACUGGCUGCAGAAGAGGCUGCAGAAGUCUGGACUAUUUGUAAAGAAACAGGAAGAGGUGGAGAAGAAGAAGGAGGCGUGUCUCAGUCUCAAAGACCUGUACCCAAAGAACAGUCUGUGUGAGCAGGUCCACAGUUACCGCCUGUCCAGGAACAGUAUCCUCAAGAAAACCUUCUCCUGAACCCCCCUCCUCCCCUCUCUCUCCCCACAUCCAACCCCUAACCCC